GACCUGUAGAUGUCUCAACCCGUUUACUCCGGCACAAAUGCGCUGAUGCUUUUAGCAGUGAAGCAGGUCGGACUUAAUGGCACUGGCACUGCAUAGGUGUUGUGGGCAAACGUGUGUCAAUAGGUGUGACGACUGUACCUCAUGAAAAAGACUACAAAUGUAUGACUGACUUACACCAGUAAAAAUGCACCGAAGACGUUGAUGUUGCCUAAAGCAAUUAUAUUUCAAACUUCCCAGCUGAUUGCAUUAAAAUCACUUGGAUAAGUGGAAUACGUGUCUCAGGAGGACUCCUUAAGCAAUAAAUGUUUCCACCCCAGCAAGCCCAUGACUCUACCUUCAACUCCCAGAAGACUGAAGAGAGUCGUUGUACAAGGAGGGGGGUAGGAAGAGAGAGAGAGAAAGAGCACCUGACAUCAGACUGCGCUUUCUUGCAUAGAUCCCACCUCCCUCCCUACCUUAUCCAUCUCCAGCUGUCUGCUAAGCACGUUUGGGUUUGCAAGCUGCUGAAAAGGGGCAACAGCAGAGGAGAGGGAUGGUCACGAAAGGACUACCGUAGAAGCAAUACUGCCUGCCCUAUAAAUUAUUUUGUGCAUCAGAAAAACAUCUUGACCCCAGCUUCGGCAAGAUAUAUUAAGCACAUUCACUAUAACGCUGGGCUGCGCACUGCUAAGUCCUGUCUACUGGCAACAAUGUCUAAGAAGAGAGAAAGUACAUUGCAGUCAGUGCAGCUGCACCGGGUAUUUGGCAUCGACAUGAAGCCUAAAGAAAGUUAUCUUGCUUGCUCAGAAUGAAGGCUUCCAGAAGACAUAAGCAGAGAUGUCGGUGCCCUUACUCAAAAUUGGAGUAGUUCUUAGCACCAUGGCGAUGAUUACCAACUGGAUGUCGCAGACGUUGCCAUCGCUCGUAGGGCUUAAUACCACCAAGUUAACGGCAGCUACCGGGAGCUUGGACCGGAGCACAGGAGUGUUCCCUGCAAGCCCAGAAGAAAGCUGGCAAGUAUACAGCUCUGCCCAGGACAGCGAGGGACGAUGUAUCUGCACAGUGGUGGCACCUCAGCAAACUAUGUGCUCACGCGAUGCCAGGACAAAACAACUGCGACAACUACUGGAAAAGGUUCAGAAUAUGUCUCAGUCAAUAGAUGUACUAGAUCGAAGGACACAAAGAGACUUACAGUACGUUGAAAAAAUGGAAACCCAAAUGAGAGGCCUAGAGUCUAAAUUUAAGAUGGUAGAAGAGAACCACAAACAACAUUUGGCAAGACAAUUUAAGGCAAUUAAAGCGAAAAUGGAGGAACUUAGGCCUUUGAUACCUGUGUUGGAGGAAUACAAAGCCGAUGCAAAAUUGGUAUUGCAGUUUAAGGAGGAGAUCCAGAACCUGACGUCAGUUCUAAACGAACUUCAAGAAGAGAUUGGCGCCUAUGACUACGAAGAACUUCAAAGCAGAGUGUCAAAUCUUGAAGAAAGGCUCCGUGCAUGCAUGCAAAAAUUAGCUUGUGGAAAGCUAACUGGAAUAAGUGAUCCUAUUACAAUAAAGACAUCUGGAUCAAGGUUUGGAUCAUGGAUGACAGAUCCAUUGGCACCAGAAGGAGAUACCAGGGUUUGGUAUAUGGAUGGAUACCACAACAAUCGCUAUGUGAAGGAAUUCAAGUCGAUGUCUGACUUCAUGAGCAAAGAUAAUCACACUAGUUACCGGCUUCCUCAUCCAUGGUCUGGUACUGGCCAGGUGGUUUACAAUGGUUCCAUUUACUACAAUAAGUACCAAAGUCACUUCAUAAUAAAAUAUGACUUCAAAACGCAGACUAUCAGUAAGACUCGCAGCCUUGAAUCUGCAGGUUACAAUAGCGUAUAUCACUAUGCCUGGGGUGGACACUCUGAUAUUGAUUUAAUGGCUGAUGAAAAUGGUCUUUGGGCUGUAUAUGCUACUAAUCAGAAUGCAGGGAAUAUUGUGAUUAGUAAGCUUAAUCCAAAUACUCUACAAGUUAUGCAGUCCUGGAAUACUGGCUACCCGAAGCGUAGUGCUGGAGAAUCGUUCAUGAUAUGUGGUACCUUGUAUGUUACCAAUGGUUAUUCGGGAGGAACCAAAGUUCACUAUGCCUACCAGACAAACUCUUCUACUUAUGAGUAUAUUGAUAUUCCAUUUCAGAACUUAUAUUCUCACAUUUCUAUGCUGGACUACAACCCAAGGGACCGAGCUCUCUAUGCAUGGAAUAACGGACAUCAGGUACUCUACAAUGUCACCCUGUUUCAUGUUAUCAGGUCUGAUGAAUUGUAGUGUGCUGUCUUUUAAAACUGACUCAAAUUCUACAGAGGAACAUAUAAAAUUCACAGCAGCUGCCAAAAAAAGUUAAUUAAUAAAGCUGUAAGCAUUGGGGAGUUGCCACUUUUGACUGUGCUUGGUAAGCGUUACUUCAGCACAUGUAUUUCUACCCAUUUCUCCCUACUUUCAAGGACUCGUGAAUAUCAUAUAUCACAGAUAACCAACUUAAACAAGAAAAGCAGCUGGAACUGCAUAUGCUCCUCCAGUCUUAGUUUUCAAUAGUAAGUCGGCAUACUAAAGAAAAUGGCACUGACUGUUGGACAUGUUCGUGUUAAAGGCGUGUAUGUGUGUGUGCAUAUAUGUAUGUGUGCACAGAGGAAUGUGCACAUGUGCAUGUGUCUUUGUAUAUGGGUGUGUUACUUUGAAGGUUUUUCCCUCUCCACUCAGUAGAUUCAAACUUUCUGUUACUGCAGAGAGCAAAUGGGCUAUCCUGAAAAUGUCAUAGCUCAAUUUGCAUUCGCCUGAAAACAUUUUGUUUUCCUCUCAUGUGUUGCUUGCAUUUUAGUUUUACCUGUACAAACACAUACCCGGUUAGCCAAAAUUGAUUUCUACAUAAAUGUAAUGAUUUAAGUAUAUGUUACGAUUGAAUGCAGUCAUACUGUUUAGACUUAAACUGUUGUGUAAUGUAUGUCUGUUAUUUACCAGAGAUAUUUGCAGACAAGUUUUUUGUAUGUCAGGUUGGACUUGAUUAUGUGUAGUACACACAACGAAGUAGAUGGGAUUAUUAAAUUCUGCAUUUUAUUCCAUAUGGUGUCAUAACUGUAUUCGCUUUUAAAGCAGGUAACCAAUAUACAUGUUUGUGAAAAAGCCAGUACUCUUAUAUUAUUCACUAGCUUAGAAGCAUUAUGAUUGACUAAAAUGGCUUUUGUGAAAGACUGGAAUAGUUAUAUCCUACCCAGCAACUGCAUUCCAGACUUGGAAACAUUUUUUAAACUUUGUACAAGCCACUAAUGACAAAGAAAAAAAUAAAGCCAUUAGUUGACUUUA